GCGGCGGCGGUUGGGGGUGGGGGAGGCGCGGCGAGGAGACGAGAGAGGUCAGCGAGUUUGAGGGAGGAUCGCGAGCCGCGCCGCCGUCAUGUCCGAGGACUCGAGCGCCCUGCCCUGGUCCAUCAACAGGGACGAUUACGAGCUGCAGGAGGUGAUCGGGAGUGGAGCAACGGCUGUGGUCCAAGCAGCAUAUUGUGCCCCUAAGAAGGAGAAAGUGGCAAUCAAACGGAUAAACCUUGAGAAAUGUCAAACUAGCAUGGAUGAACUCCUGAAAGAAAUUCAAGCCAUGAGUCAGUGCCAUCAUCCUAAUAUUGUGUCUUACUACACGUCUUUUGUGGUAAAAGAUGAGCUAUGGCUAGUCAUGAAGUUGCUAAGUGGAGGUUCUGUUCUAGAUAUUAUUAAGCACAUUGUGGCAAAGGGGGAGCACAAAAGUGGAGUCCUAGAUGAACCUACCAUUGCCACAAUACUCAAAGAAGUGCUGGAAGGGUUGGAAUACCUGCAUAAAAAUGGACAGAUUCACAGAGAUGUGAAAGCUGGAAAUAUUCUUCUUGGAGAAGAUGGCUCAGUACAGAUUGCAGACUUUGGGGUUAGUGCUUUUUUAGCAACUGGUGGUGAUAUUACCCGAAAUAAAGUGAGAAAGACCUUUGUUGGAACUCCUUGCUGGAUGGCACCUGAAGUUAUGGAACAGGUCCGAGGCUAUGAUUUCAAAGCUGACAUCUGGAGUUUCGGGAUCACAGCAAUUGAACUGGCCACAGGGGCGGCUCCUUAUCAUAAGUAUCCCCCAAUGAAGGUUCUAAUGCUGACACUACAAAAUGAUCCUCCUUCUUUGGAAACUGGUGUUCAAGACAAAGAAAUGCUGAAAAAAUAUGGAAAAUCAUUUAGGAAAAUGAUUUCAUUGUGCCUUCAAAAGGAUCCGGAAAAAAGACCAACAGCAGCAGAACUGUUAAGGCACAAAUUUUUCCAAAAAGCAAAGAAUAAAGAAUUUCUUCAAGAAAAAAUACUGCAGAGGGCACCAACUAUUUCUGAAAGAGCUAAAAAGGUUCGGAGAGUACCAGGUUCCAGUGGCCGCCUUCAUAAGACAGAAGAUGGUGGCUGGGAGUGGAGUGAUGAUGAAUUUGAUGAAGAAAGUGAGGAAGGGAAAGCAGCAAUUUCACAACUCAGAUCUCCCAGAGUGAAAGAAUCAUUAUCAAAUUCUGAGCUAUUUUCAACAACUGAUCCCGUGGGUACUUUACUCCAAGUUCCAGAACAAAUUUCUGCUCAUCUACCUCAGCCAGCCGGGCACAUGCCUGCACAACCAACUCCCGUCUCUCCCCCACCCCCGGCAGAGCCAGCAAAAACAGCUCAGACUCUGCCUUCAGGAGCAGGCUCACAAGAGACCAAGAUCCCAAUCAGCCUAGUACUCAGAUUAAGGAAUUCAAAAAAAGAACUAAAUGAUAUUCGAUUCGAGUUCACUCCUGGGAGAGAUACAGCAGAGGGUGUCUCUCAGGAACUCAUUUCUGCCGGCCUGGUUGAUGGAAGGGAUUUAGUAAUAGUGGCAGCGAAUUUGCAGAAAAUUGUGGAAGAACCUCAGUCAAAUCGAUCUGUCACUUUCAAACUGGCAUCUGGUGUUGAAGGCUCGGAUAUUCCUGAUGAUGGUAAACUAAUAGGAUUUGCCCAGCUCAGCAUCAGCUAAACCACAGCCUUGGAAGAGGCGGCCUAAGGAGAUUCCAUACAUGCGUAUCUCUGUUGCUUCUGUUGGCCUAAACCCACUACUGCCAAAGAACCCAGCAACAAACCUCCCGGCUAGGAGCUUUAGAGGUCUUUCUUUAUGUUCUUGCCAUCAUUCCCCCGUUUUCCCACAGAGAAAGAAAAGUUGGAUCACCAGUGGCCAGCAUCCCUUCAAAGAGUUCCGUUAGUAAACUUACUGCACAUGUUCCCUAUCUUCCUCCAUCUGAGAUGGGAAAUGUGCCUCCAAGCCCAGGAGGGAGAACUGUCAGCUCAUCUUGCCUUACUCCAAUGGUGGCGCUGGGUGGAAAGUAGCAGCUAUAUUGGGCUUCCUCAUCUUGCCUGUUCUCCCACACCUGACAGGAUGUGGGCAUAUUGGGAUAUCUCUUUACCACUGAAGUAGCAAUUAAAAAUUGAUUGUUUAUCUGGAGCCCAGAGAAUUUAAUUUAGUGAUUUUUUUUUCUUUUUCUUUUUUUAAAUCUGAUGUGAAUUCUAGCAACCUUUGUUAGGAAAAAGCACAGCCUCAGAAGGAGGCAGCCUAAACUGUGUUCUUGUUUUGUUCGUUUCUAAGCGUUUUGCUGAAGCUGCUCUCAGGCACCCCUCUUCAUCACUCCCUCCAGAAAGGGUUGCUAGCCUUAACUUCAGCUGGUGCAAAACAUCUGACUGUAGUCGAACUUCAGCCAUCAGACCCUUCAGAGUGGAACUUUGGACUGUUUUUAGUGAAAACACCAAGUAAUAGCGUGUAAAAGUGAAUUUCCCCAGCAGUGGUUUUGAACAGGAAAAAUUGCAACUCAUAUCAUUGUGGAAUAAUUUAUUCUCGGAUCUUAAAAAUUCAGUUGAAGAAAAACUGCUCCUUAAUCCUCCCAUGAAAAUUUGCCUGGCCUCCACGUCAUGAGGAAAUGCAAGGCUGAGCUUUCUACAGCAAUAAAGGAGACUCACCAGGCCAGCGAGGCCUGCCUUCCGCCCCUCUCCUGCACUGACCCUUUGGAGAGGGUCCACACUUCUGUGCGCUGAACCUGACCCAGGAUGGAAAGUGAAACCACAUGUGCCGUGACUUAGGAUUUAUGAGUAGACAGUGUUCAUUUGAUUUUCUAUAGAAAUAAUAUAAAUUAUUCUUUGGGUUUAAAAAAGAGCACUCAUAAUGCAAUAUGUGAGUAAUCGGUGGGGCCGAUUUUCUUUCCUACUGUUUUGCAGUCAGCCUCUAACUGCAAGUAGCCCGAACAGUUUUUGUAUAAGAAAGGGACACUCAAUCUGGCCUUAAAACGACACACAAAGAUGAGCUUUGGCCUCACGGAAAGGGGAGAGCUGCCUCUUAUAGAAUUGCUCAAGCCCUUUCCAGCGCUGUUGGUCUGUGAAUAACAAGAUUGCUUUGUCUAGUUUUCUCUUGGAGCAUCUCCGGAAGCUUUCCCCACAACUCUUGUUUCAUUCUAAGCUUGUAGUUUUAGUCCUGAGCUUUCUUCCCCUUCCCUGGGUGCAGAGGCAUACUGAGUAAGGAGUGGGUGUUGGGGAGGAGGAGGGGGUAUGGGUUUGAGGUGGCCAUUGAAAGGAAAAUAGAUGAAAGGAUCUAAGAUCAAAGUCCAGGGUCCCAGCAGGGUUGGUAAAAAUCAGGAGCCUGCCAAACCUAGAGAGGGAAAAGAAGACUGAUUAGCUUGCUGGAAAAAUAUUUACCUUUCUCUCUCUCUUUCAUUCUUUCUUUCUUUCUUUCUUUCUUUCUUUCUUUCUUUCUUUCUUUCUUUCUUUCUUUCUUUCUUUCUUUUCUUCUUUCUUUCUUUCUUUCUUUCUUUCUUUCUUUCUUUCUUUCUUUCUUUCUUUCUUUUCUUUCUUUCUUUCUUUCUUUCUUUCUUUCUUUCUUUCUUUCAGAGUAGGAGGAAUGGGGAGCAGGCAGGUGGAAAUAAGAUGUGAAAGAGAGAUAGCAUCCUCUUUGGCACAGGACUAGUGGCUUACUUUUGAGCCCGUAUUUUGGUUUCAAGCAAGCUAUCAUCAUCUACUUAUUGAUAAAUCCAAGGGGUGAUGGCAUCAUUCUGUUCUAGCAUUCUAUUCGGAGGUGGUCUGGAGCCGAGGCUGGGUGUUAGCAGCAACUCAUUUCCCUGUUCAUUUUCUCCAGCCAGCCAUUACUCUUAAACUGCAGUGGAACAGGCAUGGCAAUAGAAGUGGGCUGGGGCUUUCUCUUUUCUUUUCAGUUCAGCUUUUGCCCUGCUGGGAAUUAGGAGCCAGACACCAAGCCCCAGCACAGUGUUAUUUCUUCUUCCGCGUGAUGUAUGGUGGACUCCCUGUGCUGACUUAAGCAGUGAUGCUGAGGAAAUACGUGAACAGAAACUUCCCAGGUUGGACAGCACACGACUUAGUGAGCGACCUUGCUUCUCUCCAGGAGCAGUGGCUUAGGGUGCACCUCUGUCUCUAGGUCCCCAGGAUCCCCAGGUCCCUUGGGGUAGAGACUAAUUUAGCACAAGAUAACAUGUGCCAAUGCCAUUUGUGAAAUGUAUGGUCUUAUUCUAAGUGACUGAUGGAUUUGUUUGGGGUUUUUGCUUAAGUUUUGAACCAAAUCCUAGAGCCAGCUGAUACUAUUUAAUAAUCUGAGGAUAGAAUAAUGGUGUAUCAAUAAAUGGAGGUUCCUCCUAUGAUGUCUGGUAGAUUAUGGAAGAUGUAAAAUAUUUUACCUCCCCCUUCCUUUUUUUGACUUUGUAUUUUGCUGCAUGUUUCCUUCAUUUUUAAUCAAUAAAGAGUAAAUUGUC